UCUUUCCUUAAAUAUGCACGCAUCACUCUCUGAAUCUUGAAUCAGUCUUCGGUAGCAUCCCAUUUUAGAUUAUCAUUAAUAAAUAUUAAAAUAUUUUUUUCAUUAUGAACAGUCAAACCUUCCUAUUUCAUGUAUCAAUGUAUAUGUAUCAUCAGCAUUGUUAACUCGUUGCUCUAGUAUAUAUCUUUGAUUUUUUCUGUUUUUGGUUACUGGGUCGUGGGAAAGACUGUGUUUUUCGCUGGGAAAGAAUGGGGAAGGCGACAGUGGUGGUUGGGUGUGCCGUAGCGGUGGCCGUUGGGUUGGCGGCGGCGGUGGUGGUACGGCGGAGGAUGAAGAAGGAAGGGAAGUGGGGGAAGGCAAUGGGGAUAUUGAAGGAGUUUGAAGAGAAGUGUGCGAUCCCUGUGGCGAAGUUGAAGCAAGUGGCGGAUGCUAUGACUGUGGAGAUGCAUGCAGGGCUUGCCUCUGAAGGUGGCAGCAAGCUCAAGAUGAUCAUCAGCUAUGUGGACUGUCUCCCAACUGGUGAUGAGGAGGGAGUAUAUUAUGCAUUGGACCUUGGGGGAACCAAUUUCCGUGUGUUGAGAGUGCAAUUGGGAGGCAAGGGUGUUGGUCUAGUUAACCAAGAAUUCACCGAGGCGUCAAUACCUCCCAAUCUGAUGACUGGAACUUCAGAUGCUCUUUUUGAGUAUAUUGCGGCAGAACUUGCAAAAUUUGUUGCUCAAGAGGGUCCAGAAUACAAACUUCCUCCGGGUAGGCAGAGGGAGCUAGGUUUUACCUUCUCUUUCCCUGUGAUGCAAACAUCAAUCACUUCUGGAACCCUGCUUAGGUGGACAAAAGGCUUCUCUAUAGAUGACGUGGUUGGACAAGAUGUGGUGGCACAAUUGUCAAAAGCUAUGCAAAAACUAGGCCUCGAUAUGUGUGUAUCAGCUCUUGUCAAUGACACGGUUGGAACACUAGCCGGAGGAAGAUACAACAACAAUGAUGUUGUUGCUGCUGUGAUCUUAGGCACUGGUUCAAAUGCAGCAUAUGUGGAGCGUGCACAAGCAAUUCCAAAAUGGCAUGGUCCAUCUAAAUCUGGUGAUAUGGUUAUCAACAUGGAGUGGGGUAACUUUAGGUCAUCACACCUUCCACUAACAGACUAUGAUCAUGCAAUGGAUGCUGAGGGUUUAAACCCUGGUGACCAGAUUUAUGAGAAAAUGAUUUCCGGUAUGUAUUUGGGGGAGAUUAUACGCAGAGUUUUAUUGAGGAUGGCUGAAGAAACUGCAAUUUUCGGUGACACUGUUCCACCAAAGCUUAAAGAGCCUUUUGUAUUGAGGACGCCUGAUACGUCAGCUAUGCAUCAUGACGCAUCCUCUGAUCUCAAAGUGGUUGAUAACAAAUUGAAGGAGGUUCUAGAGAUAUCUAAUACCUCCUUGAGAGUGCGCAAAAUAAUAGUUGAGCUUUGCAACAUUGUUGCCACACGUGGGGCUUGUCUUGCAGCUGCUGGGAUCUUGGGUGUCCUGAAGAAAAUGGGAAGAGAUACAUUAAAGGAUGGGGAUCAACAGAAGACAGUGAUAGCCAUGGAUGGCGGAUUGUAUGAACACUACACUGAAUUUAGCAAAUGCUUGGAGAAUACCCUAGAAGAAUUGCUUGGAGAGGAUGUAUUUAAAAGCAUAGUCAUUGAGCACGCUAAUGACGGUUCAGGCAUUGGGGCUGCCCUUCUUGCUGCGUCACACUCCAAGUACCUUGAAGAUCAGUCUUGAAAAUGAUCUGCAUUUUUGUUGAAUGUUCGUUCCAAAUUUGUCCGCCUUCACUUCUAAUCAUUUUGAACCUUUUGCUUUUCAUUUCUGAAUUCUGUAUAGGAUUGUUGCUAUGAAUUUUUAGAUCUAUGGCUGGCAGAGUUUGUUAUACAUGUGGAUUGAACUCUUACAAGCAGGACCUGGAAGCAGCCAUGCUUUUAUGCUGCGGCCUGCAAUUCU